CAUCGCGGCGGUCUGAUCACCGCGCCCCAGCGCAGGUCAGCGCAGGUCACAGCCGCCCGCCCCAGACACCGCCAGUCAUGGCCAGCGCCGCGCGACUCGGUCUCAGUCUCACCGCCGCCGUGUCGGUGAUAGCCGUGCAGCAUGCCGGGGCGCUGCCCCCGCCGUCCGCCGACCUGGCCGCGGCAGACGUGCUGGAGAGCAUCCAGCAGCAGGUACACACCAUGCAGAGCCAGCUGACGGACCUGCUGACCGCCAUCGACACGGAGCCAACAACACCCGAGCCUACAACGCAGAAAGUCACAACACCAGAGCCAACAACACCGGAGCCUACGACGCAAAAGUUUACAACUCCCGAGCCCACCACACAGAAAGUUACAACUCCGGAGCCUACAACACAGAAGGUCACAACGCCGGGGCCUACAACACAGAAGGUUACAACUCCAGAGCCCACAACGCAGAAAAGUACAACACCGGAGCUAACAACACCCGAGCCUACAACGCAGAAAGUUACAACUCCGGAGCCUACAACACAGAAGAUUACAACGCCGGAGCCUACAACACAAAAGGUAACAACUCCGGAGCCAACAACACCGGAGCCUACAACGCAAAAGAUUACAACUCCCGAGCCUACUACACAGAAAGUUACAACCCUGGAGCCAACAACACAGAAAGUUACAACUCCGGAGCCUACAACUCAGAAGAUUACAACGCCGGAGUCUACAACACAGAAGGUCACAACACCGGAGCCUACAACGCAAAAGGUUACAACUCCCGAGCCAACUACACAGAAAGUUACGACUCCGGAGCCUACAACUCAGAAGAUUACAACGCCGGAGCCUACAACACAAAAGGUCACAACUCCGGAGCCUUCAACGCAAAAGGUUACGACUCCCGAGCCUACUACACAGAAAGUUACAACUCCGGAGCCUACAACACAGAGGGUUACAACGCAGGAGCCUACAACACAAAAGGUUACAACCCCAGAGCCAACAACAACGACGCCUACAACUCCCGAGCCAACAACGCAGGUUACAACCCCGGAACCUACAACUCCCGAGCCUACGACGCAGAAAGUUACGACCCCGGGGCCAACAACGCCGGAGCCUACAACGCAAAAGGUUACGACGCUGGAGCCGACAACACCUGAGCCUACAACACAAAAGGUUACAACUCCAGAACCUACAACACAGAGGGUUACAACGAUGGAACCUACAACACAGAAAGUUACAACGCCGGAGCCUACAACGCAGAAAGUUACAACCCCAGAACCGACAACACCUAAGCCUACGACGCAGAAAGUUACAACAACGGAGCCAACAACACCGGAGCCUACAACGCAAAAGGUUACAACUCCCGAGCCUACAACACAGAAAGUUACAACUCCGGAGCCUACAACACAGAAGGUUACAACGCCGGUGCCUACGACGCAGAAAGUUACAACUCCCCAGCCUACAACACAGAAAGUUACAACGCCGGAGCCAACAACACAAAAGGUUACAACUCCGGAGCCAACAACACCGGAGCCUACAACACAAAAGGUUACAACUCCGGAGCCUACGACGCAGAAAGUUACAACGCCGGAGCCUACGACGCAGAAAGUUACAACGCCGGAGCCUACGACGCAAAAGGUUACAACUUCCAAGCCUACCACACAGAAAGUUACAACUCCGGAGCCUACAACACCUGAGCGUACAACACAAAAGGCUACAACGCCGAAGCCUACCACUGCGAAGGCCUCUACAGUGGGACCCACUGCUGGCUCUUCCCCUCCGAGUCUGUUCAGGGUGUCGCUCCGCGGCGCUCCUGUCCUGACGUUCCGGCUCGCCCGUCUCCUGAGUGAGGUCAGCUGCGAGUCGCUGCAGCGGGACCUGAACCGGACGCUGGACGACGCCGACGCCGCCCUGGCGCUGGUGGAUGCGCAGCAGCUCGACAACGUCACCCUCGGCGCCCUGUCCGCCGGCAACGAGCGGCUCAACUGGACGCUGGAGUGUGCCGACACCGGCCGGCUGGCGCUGAGCGGCGGCGAGCGCGACUUCCUGCGCCAGCGGAUCCCGGCCGUGGAGACCACCGCCGCCGCCGCCGCCGACACCAUCGACGGCAUCGUCAGCCCGCCGACGCCGGCGCCGGCUGACGACUCGGGCUUCCGGUCGGCGACCAUCGCGCUGGGCGUGCUGCUGUCGCUGACGCUGGUCGGUGCCGCCGUGCUGGCCGUGCUGGUCACCCGCCGGAGAGCCGCCGCCGGCCAGGGACUCGACAACGACGGCUUCAACUGAGACAACAGCCGCUCCAACUGACACAACAGCCGCUUCAAUUAGACAACACGCUCCAACUGAGACUCCGACGGCCUCAACUGAGAUACCGACCGUAUCGACUGACUGUCACUCUGCCGGACACCAUCCGGUGGAGAGUGGUGUCCUUCUGUCAUCCCCUGCGUCCGCCAGCGCCUUGCAGCAUAAUGAAGCCGGUGUAACAGACAGCAUGUGUGCGACCUAAGUCGCUGCUCCACAAAAGUAUUCGUCAUACCAGUGGCAGUGUCACGCAUCGACUGAUAGCGCGCUCGUGGUUGCACUGAUGCCGCUGCUACUAUUUUUGUAAGUGCGAAUGACACCGUUUCACAAUCACUCCUUCUGUCUGUGUAAUCAUUAUCAUCUCAUAAUUCGGGUGUUCCAGAGGUCAGUGCGUGCUCUAACGGCGAUCCACAGAGCGCCGGUAGGUAGUGGUGUCAGGCGCUCAGCCGGCCGGCGCGGUAAAAGGGCACGCCGUGCGGUGUGGUGCGGAGCGUAGAUAAUGUGCAGACAGAACUGAAAUUAAAACCGAUCAGCCACGUGGAGAUGAAUUCACAACCUACGAGUAUAUCGGCUGGUGACAUAGGAUAUACGCAAUGCAAUAAUGUGUCCGACGAGCGCAAAUGCAACGUGUGUCUGUAUGUGGUUAUUCAUAUUUAAUGUCAAUAAAACAUCAGAUCAGG